GCAUUGAGUGAAUCAGCAAACUCAAUUUUUUAUUGUCCCGAAGAUGCCAAGUAAACCAAACGUGGCGCUUCUCUGAUUAUCAAGCAAAUUACACUGCUCUACCGGCUAAAACAAAGCUUCAUUAACCGCUACAAGUCGCUUAUGCAUUUCUUCAAACACUUAAUUUGCAGAGUUGGUCUUGGAUCCCUGAUGAGCCAUUUUCUCCCAUUCGUUUUAUGAGAUCUUACAACGGCAAAUGAAGAAUGUUUCUAGGAGUCUCAAGCGUCACUGCAGUGGGACUCUUCUCUCCAAGACUUUAUUUCACGAUGACAAUGUUUUGAAGAUUUUGAGGACCUGUGCGUAUCUGGGUCAGAAAGACAUUGAAAUCACAAGAAGACGAGAGAAUCUGAUUCUGCAUCACUUCUUGCAUAUAAGGUUCUUAGGGAUUUGGUGCAGACUCUCUACAUCUUUUACCAGUGUGCAUGGUGGAAGGCCGUCCGCAGAGUAUGCGAAGUUGAGGAAGGAAUCACUUGAAAGUGAAUUUGGGCAAGCUCUUGGUAUUUAUAGUUCCAACAAAGCAUCCAUCAUCUACCGAUUUGGUCCAUUUUUGGCUUUUUAUAGAGCAGCGAUCAUUUCUUUUCAUGUUUUGAAGUUAACCCUCUGGCAAAUUUUUGUUCGAGACACAAAAAGACGUGCAAUCAAGUUUCGGCAAACUCUGAUCAGCUUGGGGCCUUUCUACAUCAAGCUUGGACAGGCUCUGAGCACUAGACCAGAUAUAUUGCCGACUGUAUAUUGUCAAGAGCUUGCCAAGUUACAGGACCAAAUACCACCAUUUCCAACCCAUAUUGCAAUUAAAUCUAUUGAAUCCCAGUUGGGUGUUCCAGUUUCGCAACUUUUUUCUGACAUCAGUCCAGAGCCAAUUGCUGCAGCAUCCCUGGGGCAGGUGUAUAAAGCUCAUCUGCAUUCCGGUGAGCUUGUAGCUGUAAAGGUGCAGAGGCCAGGUAUGUCAACUUUGUUGACCCUUGACGCAUUAUUGUUUCAUAUGAUUGGUGGCCAAUUAAAGCGAUUUGCCAAGGCUCGCAAGGAUCUAUUAGUAGCGGUAAAUGAGAUGGUGAGGCACAUGUUUGAUGAAAUUGAUUAUGUCCUAGAGGGGAAAAAUGCUGAACACUUUGCUUCUCUAUAUGGUUGUGACCCAUGUAAUGAUACAAAGAAUGAUCAAAAUGCCAGAGUUAGUAAUACCAUGGACCAUAAGAAAUCAAAUUGCGUUAAAGUUCCUAAAAUAUAUUGGGACACCACAUGUAAGGGUGUACUUACAAUGGAAUGGAUAGAUGGAAUCAAACUUACUGAUGAAGUGCGAUUGAGGAAGGCCAGUUUGAACAGAUGGAAACUGAUUGACCAGGGAUUAUACUGCUCUUUGAGGCAAUUGCUUGAGGUGGGAUUUUUCCAUGCUGAUCCACAUCCAGGAAACCUUGUUGCUACUGACAGUGGCAUUCUUGCAUAUUUUGACUUUGGAAUGAUGGGGGAUAUUCCUCACCAUUAUCGCGUGGGACUCAUUCAAAUGCUUGUGCACUUUGUUAACCGUGACUCUCUGGGUUUGGCAAAUGAUUUUCUUUCUUUGGGAUUUAUUCCUGAAGGGGUUGACAUCCAAUCAGUUUCGGAUGCAUUGCAAGCAUCCUUUGGUGAUGAAACAAGACAAUCUCGAGAUUUUGAGGCAAUAAUGAACCAACUAUAUGAUGUUAUGUAUGAAUUUGACUUCUCCCUUCCCCCUGACUAUGCAUUGGUGAUACGAGCACUUGGAUCACUUGAAGGCACAGCAAAAGUUCUGGACCCUAAUUUUAAAGUUGUUGAGAGUGCAUAUCCUUUUGUCAUUGGAAGACUUUUGGCAGAUCCACAUCCUGAUAUGAGAAGAAUUUUGAGGGAACUUCUCAUCCGUAAUGAUGGAUCUGUAAGAUGGAAUCGCUUAGAGCGCUUGGUAGCAGCAAUAUCUGAACAGGCUUCAGAGUCAACGGGAGAGGCUGCUAAGUCUGAAGAAAAUCCUUCAGACACUCUAGAAUGGAAAUCUUUUGAUAUCCGUGCUGUUGUUAGUGCCACAGAAGAUCUUUUGCUCUUCAUUCUAUCUGAGAAGGGUAGCAGGGUGCGUGUUUUCCUUGUACGGGAUAUAAUUAAGGUGGCUGAUGUCUUUUUACGAGAUAAAAUCGUUGGUUGCAUUUUAGACCAGAAACGUGAAGGAAACGAGGCAUCUAAGUCUGAGGGCCAUUCAACAUUCAUGAGGGUAGUUAAUGGGUUUCAAUAUCUACGUCAAGCGGUAAAGUUAGCCCCAGAGUUGUGGACUGCAAUGCUUAUACGCAUGGCACUGAAGCCUGAAUUUCAUAGUUUUAUUCUUGAUAUUAUGUCAGCCUUGGUAGUUCAUUUUAACCAUAAAGUUCCAGAGACUUCUUGGGUUUUCAUGUCUAGACUUCUGCAUAAGUUGGUGAGAAACGAUAGAUUGGAUGAUCUAUGAAGGACUGAUUCUUCAUUAACAAGUAUUAAAUAUAUGACACAGGCAAAAGCAAUUCAAUCCUUAUUUAUGAUUAUAUGUUAUCAGUUUUUCUGACAAUGCAUGUGCCUGAUUGUGAAGUUGAAGCCUUUAUACUCCUGGGUUCGUUAGGUGUUGGUUAUGGUUUAAAGUCAAGAAGAGCUUGGUGUUGAAAAUGAAGCUUGGUCAGGUAUUCAAACUCCUUUCUCCAUCGGCGGAAAAAGUGGAGAAAGUAAUUAAUCAGACAGGUGGAAGCAAUUCUUAUGAUGUGUCCCAUUCACACAAUGAAAUUCCCUCCCCGCAAGGGAACAAAUUUUUGCAGAAUUAAAAAAGAAAAUAUAUGGUUUGAAAAAUUUUUAUCA